GAUAAGAAUGUCUAGUGUAUAAAUGAUUUCAACUAGGUUUUGUACAAUUAGGUUCACAAUUCAAAAUGAUUUCACACUAUAUAGGUUUUGUAGCUAUAAAUGAUAUACUUUGUGAGAAAAACUUAGUCAAAAUUCAACUUUGAAGACCGAGCUCAAAAGAUAUACGCCUACUAUUUCUGAACGGAUGUAGUAUUUGCAUAUCUUGUAAUGGCGCUUGUUUGUUCUAUCUGAAAGUGUGCAUCAAGGUUGUUGCUUACAUUCUUAACCGAAGUAAAUAGUGGACAUCCUAGUCUUUACUUGAAAUGUACUUUUGGCUUGCUGAAACCUGGGUCCAUUAAAGAUUGAUAAUUUGACCUAUGCAAUUCUGCUGGUUGAUCUUAUUUGUGCCAAAAUGGAAUGUCUGUGCAACCUCCUUGCCAUUUGCCUCUUUAGUAGAGGCUAAUGUGGCGGUAUAUGUAUGGCUAGCUAGAUCGAGCCAAAUGUAGCUUCUGAAGCUUCCUUAAUCAUCAUAGGCAAUCUUGUAUCACUGCUAUUUCUUUAAGAGGAAACAACAGUGACAGAGUGUGAUGGAACAGGCUCGUUGCAAAGAUAGUUAAGAGUUCUCUAUCAUUGCGGAGUUUUCUUUUCACUUAUGCUAUGUUUACUAUUGUUUUGAGAUACUAUAACCACAGAGGUUGCAUAGAGUACAAAAGUAGCUUUGCAAAUGAAAAACAGAGAAGAAGAAGAAUCACUGACAUGUCAAUGAAUUCCUUGUGUGUUAAUGACUUCUAAUUUUAUUGUGAUGUUGAUGAUCAGAUUGAUUAGGUAGGAAGAUGGGAAUAAUUAAAUGGAAGGUGGGGGUUGUUGAAACUUGUUAAUCCUUUCUUUCGGAAUGAUUCUUUUGGAGUAUGGUAUGGAAAUGGUUAGCUCAUUGACCUGGCAACACAACUAUAUUUUCUCUCCUCACCUAAAACCACAACCAAGGAGACCCUGCACUGCAGCAUACAGGGUGUGGUCAAUCAUUUGGUAUCCAGAGGUGAAAUAUGGCGGCAGAGGAUGAGAUGAAGAGCAGAGUCCUUGUUAUCGGUGGCACAGGCCAUAUCGGCAAGCAUAUUGUUGCUGCAAGUGUCCGCCUCGGCCACUCAACUGCUGUUCUCAUCAGAGAUUCCGCACUGGCUGACCCAGCUAAGGCGCAGCUCCUCAAGAAAUUUGUCGAUUCCGGUGCUGCUCUCCUUAAGGGAGAUCUGUUUGAUCACAAGAACCUGGUAAAGGCCAUCAAGUGGGCAGACGUUGUCAUCUCGGCAGUGGGGCCCCGUCAGAUCACCGAGCAAACAAGGAUCAUUGCGGCAAUGAAGGUGGCAGGCAAUGUCAAGAGGUUUCUACCGUCUGAGUUCGGCUCCGAUGUGGACCGGGUCCACACCGUGGAUCCAAUGGCGUCGCUGUACGCUGUGAAAGCCAACCUCCGGCGGCUGAUCGAGGCAGAGGGGAUACCUCACACCUAUGUCUGCUGCAACGGCUUCGCGGAGACUUACCUUCCAAGCAUUGGUGAUGUCACGGCCAUCGGCGCUGGCCCUCCAGAAAGCAAGAUCACCGUCCUAGGCGAUGGCAAUGCCAAAGCGGUGUUCGUGGUGGAAGAGGAUAUUGCCGCCUACACGACGAGAGCAGUCGACGACGCGAGGACGCUGAACAAGAUCCUGUACAUGAGGCCGCCGGCGAACGUGGUGUCCCACAACGAGCUCAUAUCGAUGUGGGAGAAGAAGGCGGGCAGGAUCCUGCAGAGGGUGCACAUCCCAGAGGAGGACGUCCUGAAGUGGAUCAAAGCAGAGGCGGUGUUCCCUCUGGACAUACUGCUGUCCAUCGCGCUCUCCAUCUUCGUCAGGGGUGACCAGACCAACUUCAACGUCGACCCGGAUCAGAUGCAUGAAGCAAAAAAUGGUCUCAGUACAGAUGUACCUGGUUUGGUCACAAGUCCCUGAUCGACAGAAACAUGACGUAUCAACCAACGGCUUUCUUCGCGUCUUCUUUCCAUCUCACUUUUAAGAACUCAAUCACAAUCUAGAAAGGUCGUAUGUCGGAUCAUUUUUAUGUAUUUAUUUAUUUUUGCCAAUGAUGGUAUGCU